AUGGCGAUUCCGACCGGUGCUGCUGCCUACAAGAAAAAGGAUGGCAUACUUACCUUGACCCCAGACCGCAAAAAUGUCACCUGGACUCCGAACUCUGCACCAGGUGGCCCGCCAACCGUCUCUCUCCAAAUAUCAAAUAUCACCAAUCUACAGCAAACACCAGAUACCGCUGCCAAGGUUAUGCUCAAGAUAUUUGAUAAGCCUCCAGGAAGUGCUGAGCCUGUGGCCUACCUCUUCCAUUUGAACUCUCCCUCGGAUCCAAGGGCAGAAGCCAAUGCAAUUAGAGAUCUCUUGUCCAAAAUUCUUGCUGAAGCUAAGAAUAAUGAUCCCAGCGUUCCGCGAGCAGCUACGACAGCUGCUGGGGGCAGUGGCUCGGCGGCCAUGGCAUUUGCUAAUACCGCCGUAGCUAAAUCAGCAGCCGCACGUGUCUUCGAUGACGAUUCCUUAACGAAUGAUAUUGCGCUACAGCAGUCACUAAUGAAAGCGGAUCGCCACCUCUCUCAGAUGUACAUGGAAGGUCGCAAGAUGAAGCCUGAAGCCAUGUCAGACGCUACAUUCAACACACAAUUUUGGUCUGCAAGGAUCAACCUGCUUCGAGCACAUGCUAUCGAGAAUAGCCAGAAGAAAGGGCCGUACAAUGUUUUGGCCCAAGUGAGGCCUACCGUACAGCAGAGCACGGAUCCAGACAAGCCUAGCGAGCUAAAGCUGAAGUUCAGUGUCGAGCAAAUGCAGAUGAUUUUCAGUCAACACCCUCUCGUCAAACGCAUAUACAACGAGCACGUGCCGCCUUUGGAGCAGGACAAGUUUUGGAUGAGAUUCUUCCUCAGCAAGCUAUCAAAAAAAUUAAGGGGAGAACGAGUCACCGAUUUAGAACCGCCAGAUAAGAUUUUUGAUAAAUACGACGAGUACGACGACAUCAAGGCCUUCAACAGCAAGUUCCUUGCCCAGCACGUUCCGCACAUUAUUGACAUAGAAGGCAACGAAGAGAACCAGGGUGGUUUCAGGAGCGGCAACCGCAAGGACCUCGAGAUGCGACCGAGAGGAAGAAAAGAUGUACCCAUCAUUCAGACUUUAAAUAGCAUCAGCGAAAAAUUGUUAACCAGUGUCGUGCCGUUCGAAAAUGACCCUGCUCAGCAGGCAGAGGCAGAAGACGACAGUUAUCGAGAACUGGCCCUGCGCGAUCUGCGGGGUGACGUUGAAGAAAGCCGUAUAGCCCUAAACAUUAAAGAGCAAAGUAGAUUCUUCUCGAACGAAACCGGCACCAUAUCUGAGACUACUGCAGUCUACGCAAAGCAGGACCCAUCGGAGGUGCUUAAAGAUGUACAAGGCGAUUUGAGAAGCCUGAAUACUUAUAGUGCCGGGGGUGUGGAUCUUCAUGCUUCGCUAGGUAUCGAUGGCGACAGCGACAGCGAAGACGAGGGAGGGAAAACCCCUCACGUAGGAUCACGAGCGUCACGAAAGAGUGCUCAAAAACAAAUACUCGAGAGUAUGGGACAGAGACGUUCUCAAUUGUUUGGCCAGGACUCUGAUGAGGCUUCACCCAUGGGAUUACCUGCGGAUAUCGCCCACGCCUGCCAAUUAACUCAUGCUACUACUAUGGAGUUCUUGCGCCAAUUUUGGUCGACAUUCCUCUCCGGCGACCCGGACCGAGCCGUCGAGCUUGGAUACCUGGCCGAAGCUCUUAAGCGAUCCAAAGAAAGGAUAGAUGCUGUUGCGGUGGAGGCUGAGAACGCGCGAGAAGCACAGAUCAAGAAAAGAAAGGAAGAGAUUAUACAAAUUUAUGAACGGACCAAGCGGAAGGUGAAAUUCAAUUCCAAGUCGGUUCGUGGCGGUAAGGAAGCAGUUUUUAAGAUCAUGGAGCCGACGAUACAAUCUCUAGAUAAAGCCAUAGCCGAUUACCAAAGAGCAUUGGCCGCAGAAGGUAUCCAGGUCAGUACGGAGCGGUGA